UACAGAGCGACAUUUCACAGGACUGACCGGUGAGCGUCACAUACCAGACUGUGGAGAUAAGCGGCGCACCACUGCUCACCUACCCCUGACUGCAGGACUGACCGGUGAGUGUCACAUACCAGACUGUGGAGAUAAGCGGCCCACCACUGCUCACCUACCCCUGACUGCAGGACUGGUAUGACUUGUCUGAAGCUUCCUGCUGCACCCAGCUUUUCCACAGUCUGAUAUUGUCCACCCCCUCUCAUCUUCUAAAUCCUGGUAGCCUCCAGUGGAGGACAAUUUCAGGUUCAGAGAUGGAUUACGAAUCAAGACCUCUGGACGAUUGGACAGAAGAUCAUGUUCGAGAAUGGCUGCGCUCCAUCCGCAUUAAGGCUGAACACAUCGAUAAGCUGUUUACUGAAGAAGUUACUGGACCAGUUCUGAGGAAAAUAAAGGAAGGUUUUCUGAAAAGUCUUGGUAUAAAACAAGGACAAAUACAACUGCUUAUUGAAGAAAGAAAUGCGCUUGUGAAGAAACACAAACUCGGUCCAUCCCAAUCAAGAACCAGCACAAAUCCAACAACUGAAGAAGGGCACCAGGACACGCCAGCUGUGCAUUCAGCAUGUGAAUCAGAAGUACAUACACACAAUUCAAUUUAUAGACCUUUCGAUAAAGAAGUAGGAAAUUUCAAGUACGUAAAGGGUGAAGUCCUGCCUCCAGAAUCUGGAGUAGAAGACCUUAUCAAUCCCUGCCAUGAGUACAAAUCACUCGUCACUGCCUCUGAGCUGAACUGCAAAAAACUACAAGCAAAAUUUGCCUCUGAAGUGAUCAGAUUUGCUUCUGCUUGUAUGAACAGGAGGACAAAUGGCACAAUACAUUUCGGGGUGAUGGACAGCAAGGAAGACAAAUGUUACAAACAUGGGCAGAUAAUGGGGGUCCUAGUGAAGAAUCAGGAUUGGUACGUCGAUGCACUGGAUUGCAUAGAAAAGUGGUUUAUUACUAGUCAGCAGCAUGCAGCGAGAGCUUGUAUCCGCACCCCCAAAUUCAUCGAGGUUCUAGCUAAAGAGCAUGGAGAUCAGCGCUUUGUGGUGGAGGUGGACAUAGUGCCCGAUUUAGGGUUUGUAAAAGGACAACUUUUCCAGGUAAAUAUACCAAAUGAGGAAAGAGACAGAGACAAAGUAAAGGCAACCUAUUACUGUAGAACUGGAGCCAAAUCAGAGUCAAUCCUGGACGCUGUGCAGUUUAACCAAAACAUUCCAAAUUUGGAUACUGCAAGAGAAAAGGCAGAACGGAAUGCUACCUGUGAUGUGCCCACCACAGAGGAUUUAGGAAGGAAAAUCUCUGUUUUGUUGACUGAUGGUAAAAAACACAUCAGCGAUUCCCUCAGGUACAUACUUGUCACAAACCAGUGCACUGACAAUGAUCUCAUGCAUGUGAAUUUUUUAAUGCGGUUGAAUAUUUUGUGUGUUUUUGACUUUGAUCCAAGCUCAGAUAGUAAUGGCCUGUGCUCCAAAUAUAAAAAGCAUCAUGCAAUUAACAUUCAUUCCUUAAACAGUUACUCAAAUAAAGAGCACGGGAUGAGCACGGGAGACCUCAAAAAGAGUCUGUCCCUGUUUAACCAAACCAGCUGGAUAUUUUGUAAUGGUCGCAGCAAUUACCGAGGAGGGGAUGAGCCAUGUGAUGAAAGCACCUGGGUCCGAACAAAGAGGAAGCUUCUAAAAAAGACCAUUACAUUCAUCUGUGAAGAAAUUCUGCCAAAGGGAUACUUCAUUGUUGUCUUCCUUUUGCUAUCUUCUGUGGAGAAACCAAUAAUCGAUACUUUCCAUGAGUUUUACACAGAGUUAAGUGGCAUGGACUAUAUAAUCUGCAUCGCAGAGAACAAAGACAACUAUGAGAAGUGGGCCAGCCAAGCACAGACUUCCUGCAAUAAGAAGAUCCUAGACCAGAGAAGCAUUGUGGGAAUGAAACUCAGUCAUAUUGAUGCAACAGUCCAAAAUCUCCUGCCUGUGUCGUCUUCUGUUAGACAGUUAUCAGUUUCCACAAAGGGAGUAUGUGUCCUCACCACCCCAGAUGAAGAGAGAAUGCAUUCUCUAGAAGUUCUGUGCGCCAACGAAUGCGAGAACACAAAUCUGGAAGAUCUGAACAAGGAGGAAGUUGAAGAGGUUGAAACAACGUUCUACAGAGGUGGGAAGGUCAGCUGGAAGCACUUCUGGCUCACAGAACAAGGAAAAUGUGAAGCCUUUAUUGAGCGAGAAGCUUGUAUGGAGGUCCAGAACAUUUUAAAUGACAACCUGUCUGGAAACCAGGUCAGACUUCCAGUUGCUAGGAUAAAAAUUGUCCACCAGCCAGGAAGUGGAGGGAGUACCGUUGCAAGACAAAUUCUUUGGAAAAAAAGGAGAGAGUUAAGGUGUGCUGUGAUGAAAUCAUCAUUUCCAGUCAUGACCGUAUGUGAACAUGCUGUGAGUUUCCGAGAAUAUGAAGAGAAAGACAUCCAACUCUGUCUCCCAGUCCUGCUGCUUAUUGAAGACUGUGACGAUGAGUACAUCGAUGACCUAAGGGAUGAGUUAACCAAAGUAAUGGUGUCUAAGAAGACGGCUCCCACAAAAUUAUGCUUCAUCCUUCUAAGCUGUAAAAGAGCGAAUGCCCCAGAAAAUCUCGCCAAGUCUUCUGCACUCGACACUGUUGCAAUUACUCACAAACUGAGUAAGGAUGAAAAAAAGAAAUUUACGACAAAAGCAGAGAAACUUAAGAAGCAGUUCUCCCCUGAGUCAAUCAUAACAUUCAUUUUAAUGAGUCAAGAGUUUGUCGAAAAAUAUGUGACCAACUUUGUUCAUAACGUCAUGGAAAAUGUUGACCACUCCUCCAACGUGACCCGUCUGAUGAGGUACGUGGCUUUACUGAACUGCUACAUCCAAAACUCUUACAUCUCUGUGUCCCACUGUGAGGCGUUUAUGGGACUUGAAGCACAUACAGCAGAAAUAAGUGGAUUAAGGCAAUACAAUUUCAAUAGUUCCCUCAGUGAGCAAGCUAAACUAAUCUUUAUUGAAAGAGUUGAUCCGAUAACUUCUAUAACCUGCAUCCAUAUCAUCCAUCCGUAUGUGGCACAGGAAAUCUUAAAGCAACUCCCUGAUAAUCCACACAGCCAAAUUGCUAUGGCCCUGCUUCAGGAGAAUGUCUUGUUUCUGCACAGAUUUGGUAGAGACGAGUUUCACGGAUUUGUCAGAGACUUGAUUUUUCGCAGACGUAAAAUUAACAGGGGUGACAGCGUCGACUCGUUCCUGUCUCCUCUUAUUGAACACGUCUGUGAGAAAGAAAAAAAACAAGAAAAAGCCAUUGAGCUUUUAAAAGUUGCCUACGAGCGCUUUGACAAAGAUCCCUUUCUGGCCCAGCAGCUUGCGCGACUGCAUUAUAAAUAUGAGCAGUUUGAAGACGCGAUACACUGGGCAGAGACCGCCAAGUCACAGCUGCCCAACGAUUCCUUUAUACUAGACACUGAAGGACAAGUAUAUAAGAAGAACUUCAGUUUCUUACUAGAUAAGCGCGAUAAAGGAGUGCCCCUAGAGGAAGCCCCAGAGUUGAUUGAGUACGCACUGAAAGCCAUGCAGUGUUUUCGUGCAGCACAAAGAGCAGCCAAGGCUGAAACCGAGACGAUGAACAACUCUGGAUAUUUUGGUGAAGUGGAAGUCGGCUGCCGUUUGUUAAAGUUUUUGUCAACACUCGAAAUUUUCCCUCAAAUUAACAAUGGAAAAAGCAAUGAACUUCUGCACUACCUCCUAACGGAUUACAUUCCAGAUCCCAUCAAGAAACCCUGGUCCAAGUUUCACAACCAUUUAAAAGGUCUACAGCAGAAUAUUUACACUGCAUUGGACUGGAUAUCCGAGGAUAUCAGUUACUUCCAUACUGAGAAAAGUGAUAACAAGGAGCGGAAGAACAAGGAGGAUGAACAAGUCAACUCCCCGCGAAUCUGGCUGCUGCGCAAAACUAAGGUCUUUGCAGAGUUUUUUAGCUCACAACUUUUGCUUCCAAGUGAAAACAGUGAAGAUAAAGACGGUAAAAAGUCCAUUAAUAAACUCAGACAAAAGAUGCACAUUCUCAGCCUGGGGGGCGGCACCACCACGACAGUUUUGUCCCUGCUGUCCGAUAACAAUGCUGGAAAAAAGCUUUCAAGCAUCAUCGAUCUUUACACGUCCUGUUCGGCCGGUGAAGACUUGGAUGAGGUUGACCUAAUAAAUUACAUAAUGAGUCACAUAGCACUUGCCGGUGUAGAUUCCAGCUCUCCUCAACUACUAGGUCUUCAGGAAUUACGGGACCUCAGCAAAAGAUUCCAAAACCCAAGGAAGUCUUUUCCUGCGAGUGCUUAUCUUCUGCUCCUGCUACUCUAUUGGAAGGAUGACAUCAUGGACCAGGAGCCUGAUGCAAAUAAAGACCGGAUUCUAAGAUCUGCUCUUCAGAACGCUCGACGACUGCACGAAAUCAGGAUCAAGAAUGUCCCUGUGCGCAAAAAACGGAGCAAUGUCAUCUUCUUCUUGGGACAUGGUUACAACCUUCAUAAACUGCUCCACAGAAGCAAGGUGGAGAAACACAUGGAGGGACCUGUGAAUGAGUGGAGAUUAAAGCUGAAUGAUGGAAAUGUGGGAAAAUUAAAAAGCAGGCAGAUGCUCCUUAGAACCGUGCCAGGUUUUACAGAGAAUGGAAGGAUUUAUGUGAAGGGGCAUUGCAAAAAUGAGCGGAUUGAGAUGGUCUCCAUAAACCCCUCCUCGGUGCCUUACGGGAAUGAGAAUAUGACUUUUUACCUGGGAUUUUCAUACGCAGGGCUUGUCGCAUACAACCUGAAGGUGCAAUGAGAGGCCUGUGCAUCGAAUUCUGUCUGAUCCAGAGUCCAUGAAGAUCUCACAUGAUGUAAAGCUUAGCCAAUGCCCUGUCAACUAACACUAAUAAAAUCCUUGCCUCAGCAGCA